GCGGCGUAAUAUUUUGCGGCUGAAUUUGUAUAGUACAUCCUCUUCUCCUCGCGGGCUUCUUAGCACAUCGAUAGUUUUUGGGCUAAGGGGGUGGCUCCACUACUCACCGAAUGUGCAAAAUGAAAACGAAUCUUCAAGGCAUCUUCCUUUAGGACAAGGGAAGGUACACCGCCCUAUUUCUUGUCUUUUGUGCAUGUGGCCUGUGGAAAUCAGCUCCAAAAGGCCGGUCCCGCGAUUUCGAGAGGUUGUUCAGCCAACAAAGAAGGAAAUACGAGAUCCCCGGUUUGAAUCACUUUCAGGGAAGUUUAGCGAGACGGGCUUCAGGAAGGCAUACGGCUUCCUAUUCGAUGAGGUUCUUCCUGCAGAGAAGGAGAGCUUGAAACAAGAACUCACAAAGGCAAAACGCGAAGGAGGAGAUGCCAAGGAGCUUGAAGACAAUUUUUCCCGCGUGGAGCGGUUGUUGAAGGAGGACCAGAAGAAUCAAGCGAAAAAGGAUAGAGAGAGAGAAAUCCGGAAAAAGCAGUUGGAUCAAAUCAAGCAAGGAAAGAAGCCAUUCUUCCUUAAGAAAUCUGAGGAGAAGAAGAUUGAGUUGAUGGGGAAAUUUGAGGAGCUCAAGGAGAAGGGCAACCUGGACGCGUACAUCACGAAGAAGAGGAAGAAGAAUGCUGCAAAAGAUCGACGCUUCAUGCCGUAUCGUCGACCCGUUCAGAAUGAGAGAAAGAGAUAGUAUUGUCACAUUGUGCCUCAGCUUGUGUCACACUCUGCUCUUGAUUGCGUUGCGUGAACUUGCGUCUUUUUCUGAAAGAUUUCCGAUCGAGUCUUUCUUCCAAAAUGCCAGAAUGUUAAGCUGCGAAUCGUUUGUCAAAAUUCAAACACGACCAAAAAAAAAGCAAAAAAGAGAAGAAGGGGCCACCAAUUUGUCAGAAAAAGAAGAAUUGCAGGAUCAAGGGCUAGCUUCGUGGCAUUUCCAGAGUUUGUCGAAAACAUCGGGUAAUGGUAGGGAAGAAGAAGUAGUCAACCUGUCGUUAGGAGCUGUUUUAACUUUUUCUUUUUUUUAAGGAAAAAAGAAAAAAAAAGAAAAAAAAGGGGACUGUACACUACAAUCAUUGAAUGCAAUUCUGAUCACCAAAUUGCUAUGGAUCAAAUGUGUUGCGGAUCAGUUAAAGAUUG